CGGAGCUGUGACCGUAUAACUAUAAGGCAUACGUCGUAUGUUUGUGAUAUUUACCCGAUUUAAGGAAAUAACUACACUCAUAUAAGGUCGGUGAAUCUUAAGAGUCAUGUGUGAUUGUCGGAUAUCCAAUAGGACCCUACGCCACAUAGGAAUAUCACUCAUAUUUUUGGGUCUUCUCAGUGUGGUUCUUGGUGUCAUGCGUAUACCAUUGGGUUUAUCACCUAUAAAGUAUGCUUCAGAACAAAUCUGGACCGGUGCUUUUGUGGCAUUUACUGGUGUAUGUUCCUAUGUAGCUGGUAAGGCAACUGAAGAUACCAGAAACAAAGGAUGGUUGACAACUUUCCUGGUAUUUAGCAUUAUUACAGUGAUCAUAUCAUUUGCUGGUUGGUGCUUGGCUAUCACUGCAGUGGCAGAUGAGAGAGCUAAUUAUCAUUGGAUUUGUGAUCCCUAUGACAUUUGGAGGGACUGUGAUUAUUAUGAACUAUCCACCCGCCAAGGUUACACGACCAGUAUAACACUCAGUUCGAUAUCUGUUUUUCUUGCAUUUCUGGAAUGUGUAUUGGUGUUUUCUUACUCAAUUGUUGCAUGUUGUGCAAUAAGUCGUCCAGCCCAAGCCACACAGCAUACUGUUGUGUAUCAACCACAGUAUGGACAGAAUGUCACUGUUGUUCAGUCAGGCCAACAGUACUUACCAGCUCAUGGUGGACAAGUGUAUCUAUCUCCUGGCGUUGCCUCACCUGGUCAACCUAUGCAACAACCAAUUCAACAGCCAAUGGUGCAAUAUCCGCCAGGAUCUUAUCCCCAGCAGGCCCCAAUGACUCAACCUACAGCACCCCCAGAAUAUCAUUCUGAACUACCACCAUCCUAUGAUCAGUUGCAAACGGAUUCAUACAAUAAAUACUGA